AUGGAGGAAGACACUGCUUCAUUAGAGCAGAGCGAGAAUGGAACUUAUACAAGGUUCAUCGAACGAGAACUUGCUUGCUGCUACAAGGAGGCUGUUUCGUCGGUCGACAUUCAGGUAGCCCUGUGGAUGACUCAGGAAUUAGCACCUCCUUUGUGCUCAUCACAAAAUGAAUCUGAACCAGGAACCAACUCUGAGGCAACUCCAUCUGUGGUGAUUGACCUUACUGAUUUUACAAAUCAGGAGCUUAGUGGCAACACAGAGGACACUGCAGACAGCACAGUGGUCUUGCAGGAGUGGCGAUCUUUACGGCAAGAACAAGACAAAGAAUUUGAACAGUCUUUAAUGGCAGACAGAGAAAAAGCAAUUGAAGACAGAUGGAGGAGGAUUGCAAGUCACGAGGAGCCCAUUGAUGGUGUGCCCAUCAAAUUCAAGUUUCCUAAUGGAACUGAAAAAAUUCGAAAAUUCAUCUUGUCGGAGACAAUUCAGAUCUUAUUUGACUUUGUUGGUCAGGAUGAUCUGUCCAGUGAAGUGUUUUAUGUUCAAGAUGCGACAUCAUCUGCACAUCUUGAAAAUAACCUUACAGGAAUACUUAAUGAUUACAAUAUCGAGGGUCAUUCAACUCUUUAUGUUGUUUGGAUUUCACCACUAGAUGCCCAUGAAAGUGAAGGUAAACAGAACGAUGCAAGCAUUCAAGGGAAUUCUGGUGAAGUCCAUUUCACCUCAUCCUUUUCCAACCAGCUUGCAUCAUCACCACAUGAACCAACUACUUCUUUGCCACUGAAUGAUUUUCUUUCCCCAUCACCCCCAAACUGGUCACCUGCUCCUUCACCUUCUCACUCAUAUCACUGGCCACCUGAACACUCUCUUCCCACUCAGCCAUCCUCUGUAACAACUGACAAUUGUGAAUCUAUUUCUGAUCAAGUUGAUCUGCAGAUGAUUUUGAAGAAGCUUCAUAGCAGAGUUGAUCUCUCAUGUUGUCCAACAAGCAAUCAAAUAAAUGUAUGUCGAGACAACAUAUUACAAGGUAGCCUGCAAGCUUUCAAGCGAAGGCGCUUUAAUCCAGAAGCAAGGCUGGAUGUGAUUUUUGUGGACUCUGAUGGGGUUGGAGAAGGAGAAGUAGAUGAAGGCGGACCAACCAGGGAAUUCCUACGCUUGCUAAUGAGGGAAAUCCAGAGGUCAAAAAUAUUUGAAGGACCGGAAGACAAUAGAUUAUUGGCUCUUGAUACUCAUGCUCUUGAGAAUGGCUUGUACAUGACCAUUGCAAAAAUGAUUGCGGUGUGCGUAGUUCAUGGUGGAGUUGGCCCUCAUUUUUUUUCUGAUCGUCUCUUUAUGCAACUGUGUGGUCAAUGUACACUUCCUGUUUCCCUUGAGGAAAUAGCUGACAGCAGCUUCAGAGAAAAACUCUCAAAGAUUAAAGAAGCAGACUCUGUUGAAAACGCAAAUUCUGCUAUCUCAGACGCUGGAGACAGUCUGAACAUGAUGGGAGCGCUUAGGUACAUCUCAUCUCUUGAAGAGAGUGAUUCCUUGGUCCAAUCUGCAGCAGAAUACUUUGUGAAUGGGCGGACCAAUUUGGCUCUCAGACAAUUUGAAGAGGGUUUCAAAACUCUUGGUCUGAUUGACGAGCUCAAGAACCAUCCUGACAUUUUUGAGGACUUGUUCAUCAAUGCAGUCAGACCGCUUGAGGCAAAAGAUCUGUCCACUCUUUUUGAGGUGGACUUCUCACCCCUUGGUAGCAACAAAAGGCAGCUGGAAAACAAGACAAAGGUGACUGCAAUCCGUUGA